CUUGAGCCCCAGAAGCCAGCUGAAGUUCGUAGAGGCCUGACACCUGACUUCUCUCUUCUUCCGGAAGUUUUCACUGUCCCCAGGGCGAGUGGGUGGUUCUUGUUGGGGGGAGGGGAGGCCCUGGAACACCAUGUUCAGGCCUUCUUGGGGUGCCCAGGGAGAUGUGGAGAGGGCGGGAGCUUCGCAGACUUUUGCCUCCGAGAGCGGUUUUCCCACCGCUGCCCUGACGCUGAUGCCCAGCCUAGAGGUGUUACUGUUAGGAUGAAGAAAAAAAUAUCCCUAUACUGCGGAACAAGGAGAACCUGAUCAUGAUAAAAAUAAGAAGGUGGAAGUGGAGUGUGAAUGACUGAAGUCUGGGGAAAUACAUGGUACCAUCCUGGUUUCACCAUCUUACAUGUAGCUGUUUGUAAGAAGGAUGAGGGAGAAUGAGGAUUCUUCAGUGAAGGGCUGGUCUAGAUGAUCCACAAGGUUUCUUCCAGCACUGACAUUCUAAAGUUUACGAUCAGUCAAGGAGUAUUUCCUCACAGACAUAGAAAACAAACUUAAGAUUCCACAUAUAAGUGAUAUUAUGUGAUCAUUUGUCAAGAAAAAACCUGAGCUGAGCUGGAUGGAGUUAAGACCCUUACAGAUCCUAAGCUCCGAAAAGAUUGUGGUGCACACCUCUAAAGUAAAGGCUUCAAGAUAGAAACAAUACUAAAGGUUGUUAAGACCCUGAAAAGUAAGUGCUGAGAGUCCUAUGUAGCAUUUUCUCUAUUUCAAUCAAGGAGCCACUCAAUGAACCCUACUGACUACUAAAAUGAUGAGUAGGCUUUUAUACUGGAGCUGGAGCAAGGAACUGCAGGCUAAAUAGGCCUUACUCUGGAACCUGCCUCAGUGACCCUGAAAGGUUGAGCAGCAAAAGCCUCCACCCCAGAGCACACUCCCCUUCCUGGCUUUUACAACACACACCACGCUCCUGACCUGGAGCGGCAGCGGCGGCAGCGGGAGCAGGAGCAGCAGCAGCAGAAGCAGCAGCCGCCGCCGCUGCCCGGCAGCCAGGGAGGGCUCUGGAGUAGGACUAUAGGAUCAGAGCCUGAGUGGGAACAGGAGUGGAGCUGGCCCAGGAGAGCAGCGGAGCCCUCCCGGGACCCUCAGGCCACCCCUUGCCAGCACUCUCAGUGCCAGACCUCCAGAGAGGAGAGACCCAGGACACCCAGCCCCAGAUCCCCCAGCUCUCUCCAUCUGCCUGGCUCCCUGGGACCCGUUCCCCAGCCUCAGGAUGGCGUCCUCCCUGCUUGAGGAGGAAGCUCACUAUGGCUCCAGUCCCCUGGCCAUGCUGACAGCGGCGUGCAGCAAAUUUGGUGGCUCUAGCCCUCUGCGGGACUCAACGACACUGGGCAAAGCAGGCACAAAGAAGCCAUACCCUGUGGGCAGUGACCUUUCGGUCCCCAAAGCCAUGGGGGAUGCCUACCCAGCCCCCUUUUCAAGCACCAAUGGACUCCUCUCACCGGCAGGCAGUCCUCCAGCACCCACCUCAGGCUACGCCAAUGACUACCCUCCCUUUUCCCACUCAUUCCCUGGGCCCACGGGCACCCAGGACCCUGGGCUACUAGUGCCCAAGGGGCACAGCUCUUCUGACUGCCUGCCCAGUGUCUACACCUCUCUGGACAUGGCACACCCCUAUGGCUCCUGGUACAAGGCAGGUAUCCAUGCGGGCAUCUCACCGGGCCCGGGCAAUGCCCCCACACCUUGGUGGGACAUGCACCCAGGGGGCAACUGGCUAGGUGGUGGGCAGGGCCAGGGUGAUGGGCUGCAAGGGACACUGCCCACGGGCCCUGCUCAGCCUCCACUGAACCCCCAGCUGCCCACCUACCCGUCCGACUUUGCCCCCCUGAAUCCAGCCCCCUAUCCAGCUCCCCACCUCCUGCAACCAGGGCCCCAGCAUGUCUUGCCCCAAGAUGUCUAUAAGCCCAAGGCUGUGGGCAACAGCGGGCAGCUGGAGGGGAGUGCUGGAGCCAAAACCCCUCGAGGUGCAGGCACAGGAGGCAGUGCUGGAUACGGGGGCAGUGGAGCAGGGCGCUCUUCCUGCGACUGCCCCAACUGCCAGGAGCUGGAGCGCCUGGGGGCAGCAGCAGCCGGGCUGCGGAAGAAGCCCAUCCACAGCUGCCACAUCCCCGGCUGCGGCAAAGUGUACGGCAAGGCCUCCCACCUGAAGGCCCACUUGCGCUGGCACACGGGCGAGAGGCCCUUCGUCUGCAACUGGCUCUUCUGCGGCAAGAGGUUCACCCGUUCGGACGAGCUGGAGCGCCACGUGCGCACUCACACCCGGGAGAAGAAGUUCACCUGCCUGCUCUGCUCCAAGCGCUUUACCCGCAGCGACCACCUGAGCAAACACCAGCGCACCCAUGGCGAGCCAGGCCCAGGCCCCCCUCCCAGCGGCCCCAAGGAGCUGGGGGAGGGCCGCAGCGCGGGGGAAGAGGAGGCCAGUCAGCCGCCCCGACCUUCGGCCUCGCCGGCACCCCCGGAGAAAGCCCCCGAAGGCAGCCCAGAGCAGAGCAACCUGCUGGAGAUCUGAGUCUCCAGCCCCUCGGCUGCCUUGCCAGCCUUUCCUGGCUCUGUGGACCACUGCUUGCCCCUCAUUCCCUUUGCCCCGUGCAUGCUGCCCUUUGGGACCCUCUCCAUCUCUUGCCCCUGCCAUUCUGGGCCUGGGUAUCUCCCUGCACGCCUCCUCAGCUCAAUUCCUCCCCUUGCCAUGAGCCCCUUCCGCAAACUCCCAUCUCAGGCCUUCACCUCGUGCCUGAUUUCUGCACUCAGGCUUCUUAAAUUCUUUCCUCCCCAAGGCUCAGAUUCUCUCUCCUCUGUUCCACACCAACUCACUUUCCCUCCAUUUGGGCUCCCAACACAUUAUUUCUCCAUCUCACUAACUACUUGACAUGCAUCCUUUCUGCUUCCUAAGUUUAUUUACCACUAUCCCUUAGCUUCCAGGCUCCAGUCUUCCCAACUUUGCAGUCCACUGCCUUCUAUGCUCUAGAGCGUUUUUUUUUUUUAAACAAACACAAUGAUGAUGAAGAUGAUGAUAAUUUAUUGCCCCCUGGUGGCCUCUUCUUUAGGGACUAGAGCUUGGGGAUUGGGGUUAGUGACCUGGCAGGGAGCAGGGUGCCAAGAGGGAGGCAGACCAGUGGGGAUCUGAUCCCAAAGAUGGGGUGACCCCAGGGUCAGGAAGGCUGCCCCCAGGCCUGUAUAUUUAACCCUUAUGUUCCAAGAGAAAUGAAUAGUAAUAAUAAUAAUUCUAUUUAUCUAAGUUAUGAUGACAGGUCAGGUUAGAGUGAGCCGGGGAGGGAAGGGGGUCCAUUUCUGCUAUGGAAAUUUUAGCCAAAUGCAUCUCUGUCUAAAAAAAGUGAUAGUGGAGAUCUUGUUAAUAGAAUUUCUAUCAUCAGGGUCUCAGUUAAUGGGGUUUCUCUUAAUGGAAUCUUUGCUAAUAGGGUUGAUUAGCUAGAUCUCUGUUAAAGAGUUGAUGGGGUAUCUCACAAUUAGGCGAUCCCUAAUAUUUCCAGCCCCGGCCAGAAGCUGUGAAACCUCAAGUCCUAUGGAGGGGAGGACUGGAAUGUACCCCAGCUCCCUUGACCCCAGAGCAGGUUCUUCCACUGCCCCUCCCCUGACACUAUGACCCCAUCAGGUUAAUCUUUUGUUGCCAUGGUUAUGGAGAGCUUGCAGCUGCCAUCAUAGACAUGCUCUUUGGGGAAGCCCACCUAACUGGAGGAUGACAUUGGUUUGGAGGUGCCUCUCCUGAAGAAUAGGUGGGAAAGGCUUUCUCUGAGAUCAGAUCAAGGAAAUCAAGUAUUUAUUGUCUACUCUGUGCCAGGCGCUGUGUUAGGUUGGUGCCUAGAAACCAUGAGAAAGAAGAAUUUAUAGAGCUAGGAGGACAUAAGUCCCUAAGCCGACUUGGGGGUGUGUCCCAACCUGGGACUUCCGAUGCUCCCAACUCCACCUCCAGUGACUUUUAAAGCCGCUUCGUGCCUUUGAAUGCCUUUCCUGUGACUUUGGAUCCUCCUUUUCUGUCUCUUGCUCCCUCAAGGUCCCCAAGUUAAAGGGUUAAAGCCGCUGGAGCUUGGGGAGAGGGUAAUAUUGUGGAAGGGACGGGGGAUCACGCCCUCAUGGAGUCUUUUUUUUUUUUUAAUUUAAUAAAUAAAAGUUCGAUUUUAAA